AUGCCCAGGUUUGCACUUGCAAAUAACAUGUGGAUUGGUCCAAUCCCACACGAACUUGCAGUCCUCACUCUCCCAGAGGAACUCUUAAUUUCUCGCCACUUUCCUCAAUGUUACAUUUUCAAGUUAUAUCCAAAGGAUACUCAUGGUGCAGAUCCUAGCCAUUUGCAGCAGGGGAUGGCUGGGAAUGUCACUUUGUACAAUAUGAACACUGAUGAUGUUGCAAAGAUGAUUGAAGGCCAAUUUCUACCACAACCAGUCACAUCUUUGGCAUCUGUGCUUGCUGCCCACAAUCCACUUUACGUUGAUAUUCAAAUAUCGGCAGCACAACUUGCAUAUCUCCCAGAGGAUGAUGUCCCUCAAGAGAUUGUUUCUAUUGUCCACCAUGAGGCCAGUGAUAACAUUGCAAUGCAAGAGAGUGAAGGUUACAUGGCUACUGAUGAUGGGGUUACAAAUAAUGAUAAUGACAUACCGGAUCUUGAGAAUGAAGGAUAUAAUAUUGGAGGAGAUAGUGAUAUUGACAGCAAACAUGUCUAUGGUUUUGAAAUGAAUGCACAUGUGAUUCCAUUGAAGUUCUUGGGUGUUACAGACACAGAACUCAGCACACUGCCACUGAAUGACUUGAUGAAGCAUGCACUUAUGAAUAUUGAUGGCAUGUCUGAGAAGGAAGGAGGUUAUGCCAUUUGCCAUGGCCAUCACCCUGUUUCUGAUUUUGGACGCAACCAAGUUGGAGGAGAAGAUUCAGAUAGGAAGAAUCCACUUGCUGCAACAUAUCCUAAACUUUUUCCUUAUGGUUAUCAUGAUCAUCAAUUCCGAACCUACCAUUCAUUUCCAUUUGUCAUUUUUGGCAUGGAGCAGAAGCGCAAAGCUUUGCAAUCAGCUCAGAUUCAGAUGCAUUGCAAGGACUUCAAGCACAAUGGAUUUAUCAUCAAUUCUGUCACAAUCUUUGCUGGGGAGGAGAUUAAUAUGGAUGAUUUUCCCCUGUUGCCGGCCCAGAUAGCAAUCACAGAGCUCAAAACAUUGCCAGGGAUCCUUUUGCCACUGCAAAGCAGUACUUUCAGCACUCUUCCAGACCAAAAUCAGAGGAAAUUGAGUGCAUAG